AUGCGGACGUCGAAACAUCUUGACAUUUCACAAGCUUCAAGCUGGAAGAUCCGCGACGUCGAAGCCCUGAGAUCUCCAAGAACCGCGAUCAUGGGUGCCUUCCCCGGAAUGGAGCAGUAUCUGUGGAUGGUUGUGGCGGGAGCCUUUGUGGCUUUCGGGUUCGGGUGGGGAACUGGGUCCAAUGAUGUGGCCAACGCUUUCGGAACUUCAGUCGGUGCCAAGACCCUGUCCCUGCGCCAGGCUGUCAUCAUUGCCUCCAUCUUUGAGUUCGGUGGAGCUCUGCUCUUGGGUCGUGUCUCCACCAACACCAUCGCGGGAGGUAUUGCCGAUAUCAACUCUUUCCUGGAGGACCCCGAGGUGUAUGCGUACGGCAUGAUCUGCGCCCUGCUCGUCGGUACCGUCUGGCAGGGACUGGCCUCCAAGAUUGGAGUCAACGUCUCUGCCACGCACUCUAUCAUUGGAGGAAUUGUCGGAUUCGCCCUCGUCUGGGGGGGCAGCGACGCUGUCAUCUGGGCCCAGAAGGCCGCCCCCGGGGAGGUUGCUUUCCCCCCCUACAAGGGUGUCAUCUCUAUUAUCCUCGCCUGGUUCAUUGCCCCCCUUCUCACUGGAUCCGUUGCCGCGAUUCUGUUCGGCACCCUCCGCUUCCUGGUUCUGCGGAGGGCCAACGCCUAUAACCUGGCCUUCUUCGUGUUCCCCCCUCUCGUGCUCAUCACCACAUGGGUCAACAUGUACUUCAUCUUCACCAAGGGUGCCAAGAAGGCUCUGAGCACCGGCGACGAAAGCUGGACCGACACAAAGGCCGUCUGGGUCGCUGCAUGCAUCGCAGCGGGCGCUGCCGUUCUCAUGGCUCUGGCCACGCCUCUCCUCAAGAAGCGGGCCGACUCCCAGUUCGAUAUUGAGGGCAAGCGCAUCCCAACGGCCGCCCAGCAGAAGGAGAUGGACGACAUCGAGUCCCCCAAGAAGAUCGGCGAGGAGGCCCCUGAAGGCCACCAGUCCGUCCUCGGAAAGGCCAAGACGGCCGCGCUCUACGGAACCAGCUACAACAUCCACGCGAUCAUCGAUACCGACGCCGCAGUGCACAAGAUCCACGCCGGGGCGGAGGUCUUCGAGGAGCGCGUCGAGUUCGCCUUCGGGUAUCUGCAGGUCUUCUCCGCCAUCUGCGUCAUCUUCGCUCACGGCGCCGGUGAGGUCGGUUACAUGGUUGGGCCUCUAACCACCAUCUGGGACGUGUAUCAAAAGGGUUUCCUCGCCAAGAAGGUCGACCCCCCUUUCUGGGUCGUCAUCAUCGGUGCCUCCGGUCUGGUUGUCGGUCUCGCCACCUACGGGUACAACGUCACCAGGACCAUGGGAGUGCAGCUCGCCAAGAUCACCCCCGCCCGCGGCUUCUGCGCUGAGCUCGCUACCGCCGGAACCAUCAUGUUCGCUGCCCAGUACGGUCUCCCCACCUCCUCCAGCCAGUGCAUCACUGGUGCCAUCGUCGGUGUUGCUCUGCUCGAGGGUGCCAAGGGUGUCAACUGGAAGAUCUUUUUGACCCAGUUCGUCUCCUGGGUGCUAACCCUGGUCGCCGUGGGUGGCUUCGUUGCCCUCAUCUUCGCUCAGGGCAUUUACGCCCCGUCCCGCCAGGCCCUGACCCAGCAACACCAGUACGAGGUCCGCGUCAGCAACCUGACAACAAACUUGUACAAGGACUUCAACUCAUCUCUGUACAAUUACCGCGCCGGUGCCACCGCGGGGGCCCUCCCCACGCUUUCCGCCGCCCAAUGGUCGACUUUCAACUCGAGCGUUGCUAAGGCGUCUUCCACCGCCAAGGGUCUGGUCGACCUCAAGAAGAGGCAGACUGUCGAUGCCGGUGACAUCUUGACGAACCUGUACAAGGCCAUCGCGCUGUACCAGCAGAACACCGUGUUUACCCUGGGUCAGGCCACCGUUUUCAACGGCUCAACCGGUUGCAAUGCCGCCUCCAGCGCAAACUCCGCCGCUCUGUGCGCUGCGCCCAAGCUGUUGCCUACCGCGUAUCAAACCCGGUUCCCUUAGGUUUAGACACGGGAACAUUUAACAAGACGCGCGGGCUUCCGAAAGAUUUGGAUUACAGACUUGGUCCUCCGCAAUACUCCCCUCGCUGCAACCCCCCUCUCUCCUCUCAUAUAGACCAAGCCCCCCUGAAGGGGUUUGGUAUAUAUAUAUAUAUAUGCGUUCCUUGGAUUUCCGGAGCAGACUGUAAGAGAUUGUAAAGUAGCAAUGAUUAAUCUCUUUGUCAUCUAGUUAUCUCUUUUCAAUUCAUGAAGGCAGGUGUGACUAUGCCAGAUCUUCAAUGCACGGGAAUCUAUGUGCUUACUUCGUCCAUGAGAUGAUAGGACAAUCAAAUGAUGUUUGGUGUGCCUCUCAGUGCCGGGUGAAGAUUCAGCAGGUUCUUAGUAGACAUGUCCCAUUCGAUCAGGAGUGAGGUAGCAUCUCAUGUAUUGCCAUGUCGCUAGAAAUCAGCUGUUAGAGAGUGCUUGUUAACUCAGGAUAGAAACAUUUUUUGAUGAAGCCCGAACUCCGAAAUUGCUUGUUUCUGCGCCAUGGGCCCGGGUGUCUAAGCGUGUACAUAAAGAAAUGACCAUAGAAUCGGAUCUUGUAAGGUAUAUGGUCAAAUCAUUGAACGUAGCCAAGAAUUCCCACAAAGGGCAAUUGUAAACCUG